AUGCAACCACAACAUAUCUGGCCUUAUCUGCAACAGAACUUCAUACAUCACACACAUUUUCCACAUCCUGCAUUUCUAACGCAAACCAACGGUAAUAGUUGUCAACCGCAAGCCACAUCGUCAUCAUCACCUGGUAGCACAAUUAGUGAUAGCGACAAUCACUCCACCGGCACAAUAACCAGUAGCAACAAUAACACCAAUAACAAUAACAACAACGACUGCAGACCGCAUGAAGGUGUUUUGCACAAUGACAAUAACACCAUUGAGGAUAAUAACAAUCGAAGACUUGUUCAAAGUCAACAGGAUAAGCAACUUCUUAACCCACAUCCAGCGCAUACAGCACAUCAAGUGAUAGCUAAACCAAUGCCCAGUCGACCCACACCCUUCCUGCCGCAUAGUCUCAAUCAUCCACAUUUGCAUUCCCUGUUGGCGCAUUGUCGAAAUCCCUACAUGAGUGUUGGUGCACAAGUGUUUCCCCUACCGCCAGGCCAAGGUUUCCCAUGGGCCCAUUCAACGCGUGGCAAGCCACGACGUGGUAUGAUGCGACGUGCCGUAUUUUCCGAUUCACAGCGGAAAGGCUUGGAGAAACGUUUUCAGCAGCAGAAAUAUAUCAGUAAGCCCGAUAGAAAAAAGUUAGCAGAACGACUAGGACUGAAAGACUCUCAGAACUUCAUACAUCACACACAUUUUCCACAUCCUGCAUUUCUAACGCAAACCAACGGUAAUAGUUGUCAACCGCAAGCCACAUCGUCAUCAUCACCUGGUAGCACAAUUAGUGAUAGCGACAAUCACUCCACCGGCACAAUAACCAGUAGCAACAAUAACACCAAUAACAAUAACAACAACGACUGCAGACCGCAUGAAGGUGUUUUGCACAAUGACAAUAACACCAUUGAGGAUAAUAACAAUCGAAGACUUGUGCAAAGUCAACAGGAUAAGCAACUUCUUACCCCACAUCCAGCGCAUACAGCACAUCAAGUGAUAGCUAAACCAAUGCCCAGUCGACCUACACCCUUCCUGCCGCACAGUCUCAAUCAUCCACAUUUGCAUUCCCUGUUGGCGCAUUGUCGAAAUCCCUACAUGAGCGGUAAGUACAUAUCUACAUAG